AUGGAGGUGAAUAAAAGCGGUCAUAAUAAGCUACAAGACGCGAAAUAUAGUAUCAGUUUCUACCUGCAUUAUUUAGCGAAAUGGCCAGAGUAUAUGCGUGUAUUAGAAUCACCUACUCUAACUUGUUUUGAAACAAGUCAUCAUAAGGUUUCAAAUGUUUUACAAUCGGAUAACAAACAGGAGUCAAGUGAAGCACAUGUUCCUUCCACCAAGGAGUCGUCGAUACCAUCCUCUUGUCAACGGCUAAUGGGCUACAUGAUGGCGAAAUCAGAAGGUCAGGGAACCGAUUGGCAUGGUCAUGUUACAGCAUUAUCAGUGGCACCGGAGUAUCGGCGUCUAGGAUUAGCCACUCAGUUAAUGCUGGAAUUAGAAGAAACUUCUGAACGAAAACGUUGUUAUUACGUCGAUUUAUUCGUGCGGGCCUCUAAUAGUUUGGGAAUAAAUAUUUACUCUAAAUUGAACUACAUUAUAUAUCGCCGAGUCUUGAAUUACUACUGGGGUUCCGUAGAAGACGAAGAUGCUUUUGAUAUGAGGAAAGCUCUUUCAGCUGAUGUGCAUAAAAAGUCCAUCAUACCAAUGACAAGACCAGUACGCCCAGAAGAAUUAGAACAUCCAUGA